AUGAACGCUGCGCGCAUUGCGGACUCAUAUUUAGCGUAUAAGAGGCAUAAUCAUGGUAUUUGCGAUCGAGAGGACUAUCGGGACGUGUUGCCGGUGUCUGAGCGGCGUAGGACGCUGGCGAUACUGCAUCCCGAACCGACGGCCGAUUCUACCAGCGAUUCAGGACGUUGCGAAGACUACGGGAGGAGCGUUCUGUCAUGUGGCGGAGGAUUGCGUAUCAAAGACCUAUUCUCCCGGUUUGAGAGCGAUUUCGACGUCACACUGGACCAGCUGACUUCGCAUAUUUUCAAGCAUCUGAUAACAAAUGUCUACGCGAAAUGCUCCAAGAAAAGAUUCGUGAAGCUAUGCAGGCUUGUCUGCGCUUACCUCAGCGACCUGCCUGGAUGCGGGCUCACGGUAAGGCGACGGCAUGGGCGCCGGAGGGGGCUAUCGCGGCUCCGACCGGGAUUACCAGUAUCCUCGAAAGGAUGUUCGCGUACGGCGAUUGGUGGCAAACGGUGUAUAUUAUCGGCUCUCCGCAUUUGCCUUUACCUCAAGGGCGGUAUACUGGGAUUUCGACUGUCGCCCAAAUACAUGAUGAGGUUGGUGAGGAACGUGGUUAGACAUGUAGAUAUCAAGUUGGGAUGCCAUAGUGUUGGAUGGGUUGACGUAUCCAUCAUUCAAGAUGGAAGCAGCAAUGCAUUUCCGCUGCUUAAGUAUGCCGCCAACGUCGUCGCUAACGUGCUGUGCCACAAAGCGCAGGUAGUGCCGGCCCACGUUGUGCUUCAAACUUCCCUCUGCCUAUGGCCUCCAUUCCACCCUAAAUACACAUCACAAAUGGCCCACAUUCUGCUGUUCAUGGACUACGUACUGUCAGAAGAGGUUAAAGAGAGCGUCGUGUUUGAUUUCAGGGCAGCGGCCCAUGAGAGCAUCAACAGGUGGCUUCUUAGCGUAGGUUCACUUGAGCGGCCGCGUUCAAAAGCUGGCACCACGUGCGGUAAUUUGUACGCGCUCUAUGCGGUUUUGAACCGCAAACAUUUAUUUCAGGAAUUGAGUGGGUGGUUCAUCCCGCAUAUCCACAUGGUGGAGUACAUGGUAACGUCGGGCGUUAUGGACCGGACCUUGUUGAGCGGGUGUGCAGAGAUCCGCCACAUCAAAUGGAUCGUGCUUGUAUGUACACAGCUCCUCACAAGCGGCGAUGACCUGAAGCAUCGGACGUGGCUGGUCAUCCAGACCAUGACACAAUUUUUCCUUGAGGGGGGCGUGAAAAGCGGCUUGCUUCGGUGUUCGUUGUCUGCGACAUGUUUCAGGUGCCUGAUAAACUUCGUUGAGAUUUGUUCCGGUUUCCACAAAAUCUUGACGCUGCUGAGGAAAUCUCCCUUUUACGCGCCACACGUUCACCUGGUUAAGAUGUUGCUGAAGAACGAGAUGUGCAAGCUGCAUGCCACGUUCCGUAAUCCUUUCGAACGCUUGGGUGAUGUUUUCGGAGUCUCGCCGGAGGCGUGUCAAAUGCCGGUGCCCGCGGCCAAUCGAAACACCAGCAGGGGCCACUAUACACCGCGCUCCGUGAGGUUCGCAGCGCAGCUUAUAAGGAAGCGUUGCCUGGAAGUGGCAUCUCAGGAUGAAAUGAACCCGAAAAUACGGCAACACCGCGUGGAUACUGCUGUGGCACACCCGGUGUACCUGAAAUUGCUGUGUGCCGUCGACAGGAACGUGAGCAAUGUGAAGGUGACCCACACAGUCGAGGCUGUGAUAAAGGGGCAAAGUAGAUACGUCAUCCUGGAGCACCUGGCGUUCAGGCUGGGUCGCUUGGCUUGGCUGCCACAUGAGCUGAGUACCUCCGCUAGCAUAGGGUCCGCUUUGCCGGCGCCGAUGUCCAUGAUGUCGCACCUAUAUCUGCAUCACUACGGCCUCGAUGACAUCCUAUCGAUACUUGUCGUGCAGGACCACCUUAACGUGGUACAGCGCACUCAAGCCUGCCACGUGCUGUCGGAGAACAUGCAGCUGGUGGCCAUGAUGCUCCCACAACUCGUCCAGUCGCUUUCGAUCGACCCCGGAGACCGGAUUUGGCACCUUCUAUCGGCCUCCUUGAAAAGCAGGAUGGUGCGUGAGCGUCUGCCGUACUUCUUGGCAUGCAUGCUGCACAACAGCGAGGAUAUAAUAACCGCCCGCAAGGCCGCGUCGUUCCUGGAUCUGAUUGUGAUGGGUGCCCGCGCAUCAGGCGCUUUGCGCCAGGAGAUAAGGAACAUUUCCAUGCACAGCAACCUCCUGAAUCUUUCGUCCAAGUUGGCGACUUUCGACGUUCCGACCCGCCCCUCCGUACUUGUAGAAGGUCUCAGGAAAGUCAACGAGUCGUGCGCCACCGCCGGCAAGCUGCAGGUCUUUGACGAUAGCCUUGAGAAAGGUGCACACAUCAUUGGAAGUCGCGCUUGCGGCACACGGAAGAGGAAGAAUGUGCGUUUCCUAAACCCGCAAAGUGGCAAGGUGCUCACUUCGGCCACCCGGGCGCCAUUCAUGGUCGACUUCUGCCUGCAGUCUGAUAGCACCAUCCGGUACAUUUACAAGAUGGCCGACGACAUGCGCCAAGACGCGUUGGUAGUGCAGGUGAAGCUGGUGUUGCUGCACAUAUUCCGCCUGUACAACCUGGAGGCGUAUCUGCAACCGUUUCUCGUGGUGCCGUACUCCACCGCGCUGUUUACUUUGUUUAAGAUGCGAAACAAGGCCAUUAAUCGGCGGCACUCGGCAUAUGCGACUUACGAUAUGAAGCUAUCGUAUAUGCGGGUACCGCGCCAUUAUACAACUGUACUGACCCCAUGCAUGGGCAAUGAGUCGGUGGAGAGCAGCUUUUAUGGCACGGCGAUGUCUCACCUGACCGAGAGCAGUCGUUUUGACGCUUCGACCCUAUGCGGCGCGUCAGCAAACAUUUCCGACUUAGAUGGUCUGUCGUCUAGACAUGAAGGGGAAGGCGCGACGCCCAGGUGGUUCGGUAUGUCGUGUUUGCGCCCCUUCCACGCAAGCAACGCACUGCCCGCGUCUAUACGCGACAUUGUUGGCCGCCCUCACAUUCUGGGCGGCAUAGUGGGCUUCAUUUCUGGCACCAUAAGCCGCCACAACAUUGGGAAGGAGUACGGCGGCACCCUAGAGGACUACUUCCUGCUCAAGUUUGGGCCCAGGGGCAGCCCCCAGUUCGACAAGGCCAUGGAGAAUUUCGUCAAUUCGCUAGCCGGCUACUCGCUGCUGUGCUUCCUGCUGCAGGUCAAGGAUCGCCACAACGGCAACCUCCUCAUAUCCCCAGCAGGCCAUAUCCUGCACAUCGACUUCGGGUUCAUUCUGGGGGCCUCGCCAGCCGCCGAUGUACAGUUCGAGCACGCCCCGUUCAAGCUCACGAAGGAGAUGACCGACCUGUUGGGCGGCGUGGAGUCCGACAAUUUCAGGCGCUACGUGCGCCUGCUGGUGUCCGCCUACAUGUGCGUUCGCCAGGAGUCGACGUUGCUGAUAGCCCUGGUCAAGCUGCUGCAGCAUUCCGGCCUGCCAUGCUUUAGGCGCUCCUCGGUGAUUACGCUGCAGCAGCGGCUCUACCUCGACGCCACCCCCGAGCGCGCUGCCGGCUACAUGCUCCGCAAGAUCCACACUUCGCUACACAACAAAACCACCAUGGUGUACGACAUGGUGCAGGCGUGGCAGCAGGGAAUAGAACAUUAG